AUGUUAACAAACUCGAUCGUCAUACCACAAAGCUCCGGCGCCACCAUCAAAAACCGAGUCUCACUCUCUCUCUCUCUCGCGGCGAAUUUCAACGGUUUCGAAAUGGCAACAGUUCCAGGACAAUUGAUCUGGGAGAUCGUGAAGAGAAACAACUGUUUCGUGGUGAAACAGUUCGGUAGAGGCAACGCUAAGGUCCAAUUCAGCAAGGAGAGCAACAAUCUCUGCAACCUUAACUCCUACAAGCACUCUGGUCUUGCAAACAAGAAGACAGUGACCAUCCAGCCAGCUGGCAAAGAAGGUGUCGUGCUCGCCACCACCAAGACCAAGAAGCAGAACAAGCCUAAGCUCUCUGUCAACAAGUCUGUCCUUAAGAAAGACUUCCACAGGAUGUCCAAGGCCGUUGCUAACCAGGUGGUUGACAACUACUACAGGCCAGACUUGAGGAAAGCAGCUCUUGCUAGACUCAGUGUCAUCAGCAAAAGCCUUAGGAUUGCCAAGUCCGGUGCCAAGCAAAGAAACCGUCAAGCUUAA